AGUUGUAUUUUGGUGAAAUCCAGAUAAGUUAUUUUAAACUGUUCUUAUAAAAGAUAACUUACAGUAGACUAAUAUUAAAUAUAAGCACAUUUUUCAGUAACUAUUCGGAUUAAAUGUUGACUUCAAUGUGCAAAUGACUAAUAAUCCUGACGGUCUCAACCUACUUCACCUUUAAUUAGUUUUAAAUAUAAUUAACUUCCUGUUUGAGCAGAGAUGCUUUUGUUUUGAAGGGACUAUUUCUUGUUUAACUGUUGGUGCAAAGGCAGCUUAGCAACAAUGAAAAGACAGAAGAUAAAUUAUAACGGGGCGUAAAAACUGCAGCUCCUGGACUGACGGGAAGUUUAUGAUGUAAAUAAGUUCUUGUUUUAAAUAUUGUGUGAUUUAAACUGUGUGAAUUUUAUUCUGAAGGAUUUUUGCUCUUCAGUAAAAUUUCUGGAUUUUCUUCCCACUGAAUGAAAAACAAAAACUGACCAGAAACACCUGCAGAUUUCCAUCCUUAAAAUAUAAAAAUGUCCACUAAACUUUAUAUUUCUGUCUGUCUGAUGAUGUAAUUUUUAAAUAUUAAAUGAUAGAUAAUUUGAUCAGUUAGUCAGUAUUUUUUAAUUGAGUGAUUUCUUGCCACUUUCUACUUUUACCUGAGUGAAACAUGUUGAAGUGUUGCUGCUUCAGACAAUAAACAUGUCGAGGGCGGAGCAUCAGCGGUAAAAACCCAUGACCUCAUCUGUGCCUCCGCUUUGUUUCUCCACCUGGAGCUGCAGCUCCUUCACCUGCCGCCUCAUCAGGAGCUGCUGCUGGUUUGUCCACCAUGGAAAAGGGAGGAGAGGCAAACGGAGCGGACCAGGAGCAGCCAGAGAACGGUCCAGACCAGGAGAAAGGAGGCCUUCUGUCUCUGCUUCAAAGGGAAAACUCAGAGACGGCUCCUGUCCCCAUGGACAGCAACGUCUUGCUGUCAAGGCCGCCGCGUCGCCCCGCCGGCGGCAGCACGCCGUUCACCAGGGAGAAGCUCUUCACGGCGGCGUCUCAGGGCGACGGCGCCCAGCUUCACGGCCUGCUGGACUUCCUGCAGCUUCACCGGAAACGGCUGACGAGCCCAGAGUUCAAAGAUGAAUCGAAUGGGAAAACGGCGCUGCUGAAAGCUUUUCUGAACCUGAAAGACGGCAGGAACGACACGAUCGAAGUCCUGAUGGACAUAGCAGAGAAAACCCUGGACUCUGAAAGCUUCAUCAACGCAGCGUACACAGAUCCUUCUUACAGAGGUCAGACGGCCUUGCAUGUGGCCAUUGAAAGACGAGCGCUGCACUACGUGAAGCUGCUGGUCCAGAAAGGAGCUGAUGUCCAAGCCAAAGCCAGCGGGACAUUUUUCCAGAGGAACGCAAAGCUGGGCUUUUAUUUUGGCGAGCUGCCGCUGUCUCUGGCCGCCUGCACCAACCAGCCAGAGGUUGUUUCGUUUCUCCUGGAGAACCCGCACCGCAGAGCCGACCCGGCCGACCGCGACUCGCAGGGGAACACCGUGCUGCACAUGCUGGUGGAGAUCGCAGACGACUCGGCGGAAAACACGGAAACGGUUGCAGAAAUGUACGACGAAAUCCUGGUUCAGCAGCACAAGCUGAACAGCAAAGUCCAGCUGGAGUCGAUGCAGAACAACGAAGGUCUGACUCCGCUGAAGUUAGCAGCCAAACUGGGCAAGAUCGGGCUUUUCCGCCACAUGUUGAAUCGAGAGUUCGUGGCUGAGGAGACGCGGCAGCUGUCCCGGAAGCUGACGGAGUGGGUCUACGGACCGGUCCACUCCUCUCUCUACGACAUGAGCGACAUGGACACCGACGAAAACAACUCGGUGCUGGACAUCAUCGUCUUCGGCAGCGAAAUCCCGAAUCGUCCAGAGAUGCUGCAGGUCGAGCCUCUCCGCAGCCUCCUGCAGGACAAAUGGCAGAGAUUCGCCUCCAAGCUGUUCCUCCUGAACUUCCUGUCUUAUUUGCUGUACCUGGCCGUUUUCACCGCGGCGGCGUUCAACAGAAAAGACGGACAGCCGCCGUUCCCGGUGGAAAACGUCCCGGCGGAUCACCUCCGCUGCCUCGGUGAGGUCAUCAGCGUCCUGGGAGCAGCCAGGUUUCUCUACAAAACUAUAAGCAUUUUCAGGAGGAAUCCCCCAAACAUCAGCUCUCUGUUUACUGAUGGAUUCACUGAAAUUCUGUUUUUUCUGCAGGCGGCCCUGCUGCUGCUGUGCGCGGUCUUGUACUGCUGCGGGCGGACAGAAUACGUCGGGCUGCUCGUCUUGUCUCUGGCUCUCGCCUGGAUGAAUGUUUUAUAUUACACACGAGGCUCCAGGCAGCUGGGGAUCUACAACGUCAUGAUGCAGAGAAUGAUCCUGGGCGACCUUCUGCACUUCUUAUGCGUCUACAUCGUCCUGCUUUUUGGGUUUUCAGCCGCCGUCUGCACCCUCAUCGACGACUCACCUGGAGGGAGUCCGACCUCCGGCUCGGCCCCCCGACGAAGUAACGUCGAAACGUUCAAAUGCGAGAAGCCGAGCUACAACGACAUCGGCUUCACCACGCUGGAACUGUUCAAGUUCACCAUCGGGAUGGGAGACCUGGAGUUCACCGACCACGUCCAGAACCAGACGGUCUUCUACGUCCUGCUCAUCUGCUACAUCGUCCUCACCUACAUCCUGAUGCUCAACAUGCUCAUCGCCCUGAUGGGGAACACGGUGGAGAGAAUCACGGAGCAAAGCCAAACCAUCUGGAACCUGCAGAGAGCGUUCACCAUCCUGGACAUGGAGAGGACUCUGCCGCGGUGGCUGAGGACGAAGCUGCAGUCCGGCGCGUCAGAGAUGGUCUGCGUCAGCAACGACCAGGACGACGCGCGGAGAUUCGUCAGAGUGACGGAAACGAACUGGAAGAAAUGGCGAUCGGAUCUCGGCGUUAAGCUGAAGGAAGAGCCUGCAGGUCAGCUGGCCGCACGAACCGAGGAGGAAACUUCUGGGAAUCCGUGGAACAUAAAUGUGCUUCUCCAGAGGAUUCGCUCCAGACGACGCCCACAGGACGACGCCCACGUUCUCUAACUCAAACUCUUAUUUUUAUUUCUCAGAACUCAACGUGAUUCUUCCGUGUCUUAAGAAACUUUAUUACAGGCGCAUUUCAUCACAUCUUUAAAAAAAAUGAAUGUAUUUCUAGACAAUUUCAAGCUAAUAUCUUGUAAAACUGAAUGUGUUUCUACUGUUUAUUUAAACAUGAACUGUGAAGGUGAUCAUGAUGCCAAGUGAAAACAUUUAAACGACGCGGCGCUGCUGGAAGGGAAAGCUUUUCUACUGACGAUUAAAUCAGUGAUUCUUGAGAAUAGGGACAAAACAGGUCCUAUGGAUAAAGCACAAAAUUUGAAUAAA